AUGGUGUCAAGGCUUGAACAUCCUUCGGGACAUCAAAUGUUUGUGCCAUUAAAAAUCAUUGAUCCCGAAAGAUUUGAAGUAGCUUUCAAGUUAGUUGAAGCGGGUCUAUAUAAAGUUCAUAUCAAAUGUAAUUCAGUAACAUUACCGAAAUCGCCAUUCAUAAUUGUGGCUAUAAGUGGAUUUGAUUUGGAUUCGAAACCAAAAAUGGAAUUGCCUGUCUUCAAAUCGGACGCAUCAAAGGUAACUUAUCGUGGUCUUGGUUUGAGUCAUAUCGUUCUAAAUGAGAAGAAUGAAUUUAUUAUCGACGGCUCUGCAGCUGGAAAUAAUAUUCUAUUUGUGGGUAUAUUUGGCCCCAAAGGACAAUGCGAUGAAGUUGUUGUCAAACAUAUGGGCAAGAAUAUCUACAAAGUUACCUAUCAAGUCGACGAUCCUGGAGAUUAUCUGUUGGCGGCAAAAUGGGGCGAUGACCAUAUACCCGGUUCGCCAUUCUCAUUAAGUACCAAUUAAAUGCCAUACAUAAAUAAGAUGUAGUUUUAAAUAUUAGUUAUAGUUA